GGCGAGGGCGGAAGUGACGGCAGGCGAGGGCGGAAGCGACGGCGGAAGCGGCGUCGCCCGCUCGGAGGCGGGGCCUGAGCGCGGCGGGGCAACAUGGUGGAGAAGAAGGUGUCAGGCCGCGGCCCGGAGGCGGCGCAGCGCCGGGUGCUCGACCGCGCCACCCGCCAGCGUCGCCUCAACCGGCAGCUCGAGGCGCUGGAGAACGACAACUUCGGCGACGACCCCCAGGCCGGGCUGCCGCGGCCCGGCAAGCGCCUGCCCCACUUCGCCGACACCGCCGAGACAGGGAAGAAGAAGAAGAAGACGCGGGGCGACCACUUCAAGCUGCGCUUCCGCAAGAACUUCCAGGCGCUGCUGGAGGAGCAGAACCUGAGCGCCGCCGAGGGCCCCAACUACGUGUCGGCCUGCGCCGGCCCCUCGCGCCGGCCCCAGCGACCCUUCUGCGCCGUCUGCGGCUUCCCGGCCGCCUACACCUGCGUCUGCUGCGGCGCCCGGUACUGCUCCAGCCGCUGCCUCGGCACCCACCAGGACACCCGGUGCCUCAAGUGGACGGUGUGACGGGGACGCCACUGCCACCGCCGGCCCGUGGCCCCAUGGAUGUCCCCAUGGAUGUCCCCGUGGGUCCCCUCCUGUGUCCCCCCAUGUCCCCACACGUGUGUCCCCGUGUCCCAUCUCCACACGUGUCCCAUGUCAUGUGUGUCCUCCCGUGUCCCCCCACAUGUCCCCCUAUGUCCCCACGUGUCCCCAUGCGUGUCCUCCCGUGUCCCCCUACGUCCCCCCCAUGUCCCUCCAUGUCCCGUGUCCCCACACGUGUCCUCCCGUGUCCCACCCGUGUCCCUGUCCCCGCGUGACACCCUCCCCCCCAGGGGCCCAGGCGUCCGGGCCCCCCAGCGACUCCUGCCCCCCACGUGGCACUUUAUAGCUGUUUAUUAAAGGCCCCGCCCCCCCGCCA